AUGCAGAAUGGACAAUAUCGGCAUGCUGCUGAAAUGGGCGUACCCGACGGCAGCUCUCGAACAAUUCUGGAGUUCUUUGUCAACAAAGUGGCUCAAGUCUGUGAUAACCGACCAUUCGGGUCCACGAUCACAUCCCUUGCCAUCAUUCAGAAGCCUGACAAGGUGCAAUACAUCUUUUCAUCCAAUCAGCGGAGCUCGGAAGAUGCUCAAUAUGCAGCCACGACCAUCCAAAUCCUCCUUGACAAAAUGGGUUCACGGAAUCGCGUCGACGUUGGAGACGAUGACAGGUCCUCGGUCUUUUGCGAACUUCUUCGCGACAUACUCCUAUUUCAUAAGCAGCGAGUUACUCUGUAUAAGUCGCGACUUAACCAACGACUGAAUCAAUGCAUCAAAGAAUUGAAGGCUAGGUCCUUGGACGCGGUUGUUUCUCUAGGAGACCCUCUACUUGAUGAGCUAGAAUAUCUCCAAGCUUUGACCAAGACCGAGGUGCCUUUGGAUGGCAGUGAAGGGUUCGCUCGCAACGGUGAACACCUGAUAUUAGCCGCAAACACCUUUCGCAAAAGUCUGAUGUACGAAUCGGUUAUUGAAAGAGCCCGGGAAGGACGCUUCAACGAGUCCGAGCGCUGGUGUCAACUACAGCACUUCAUCGGACGGCUUUCUUCGUAUCACGGUGCUAUUCGGGCUAUCAUUUCCGGCCGCAGACGUCUCCACCCGGACUUGUUCGAAAAUUUCGAAAUAACAUGGCUGCCGCCAAGUAUACCCAUGAAUAAUCCGAUGGACACACUCCAAAGCCAUAUGGGUAUGGAGACGCAGCAAAAGAGGCGUUCGGCGGACAAUAUUAUCAGGAAAAUGAUGGGAAACUCGGCGGACCGUGAUACGACUCUCGAACAGGCCAAAACUCUUCAGUUCAGUGCGAAAUUUUGUUAUUGCAUUAUCUGGAUCAAGGCUAUUGCCGAAAUCACUAUCACAUCCCACAUCCAAGUUUGUCCCGGACACAAGAAUGUCUACUCAAAUUGGACUAUCCCGAAUCUUUUUGCCAACGACUUGGCUGAAGCGAAUGAGAGAGACAGCCUGCUCGACAAGGUCGUCAGCAAGAUUAGAGAGGAUGCACUUCGCGCUUUGAGAGAGAAAACAACCGAUGGCAAAAGAUUUGACCCAGACACUCACUCAUCUUACCCAACACAUCAGUCGCUGGAAACCAAUGCCGACAUGGACGAUUUUCAAUCCUUAUCAGAAGAAUACCGGAGCAUCUUCUUAGAAGCAGAGGGAAACGAGACAGAUGAAGAUGAUUGGGCAGGCUAUGACCAUGCUGAACAUUCUGGUGGCGUGUCUCUUCAGGCAUUUUCAAAUAUGCUGCGUGGUUUCUGUCAACAGCUGAAUAUGCGAUGCAUAUACUACACUUCUUGA